GUUUUACAAGUGGCUUAUCAGAAUUAUUGAGACAACUGCAAAUUCUUCCACGAGUUUGACGUCUACUCGCAGCUAUGGCACUUAACUGAUGAGCAGACUAAAAUAGUGAGGAUGCACCAGCAGCAGCAGCAGCAGCACGCUACGCUGGCAGAGGUGGAGGCGACUCUGCAGCCGUAUGUAGGCGGCCUGCGGCUGCUGGGCCAGUGGUCUCUGCCCGGUGGCGGCCGGCGCCUCGCCUCGCUGUGUGCAGUGCUGCUGGCGCACGGGCUCCUCAUCACCACCUCCUGCCUCAACCUCCUCAUGGACCCCCCGCGGGACCUGCAGGUGCUCACCGUCAACGCACACUCCACGCUCACCGUACUGGGCCUCGCUGUCAAGGUGGUGUCGUUCUCGCUGGACGGGGCGCGCCUGCGCAAACUGCUGCAGCUUCUGGCGGAGGCGCGCGCAGCCUUUCCGGACUCGGCGGCGAGGUGCCGCACCACUACCUACAGCAGUGCUUCCCAAUCACACCACCGAGCAAGAUCAGAUACUGCACAGUUGUUGUUCUUGUUAUAG